UGGUUUCCACUGGUGGCCAAAAGUCCAAUUACCGCAGGGAAAGGAGCCUCUGAACGAAGAUUGACGUCCUCUCUACCUAUAGGUUAGGCCCAGGGGCGGUGAGAACCUUCCCCGGAUGUGGGCGCGGCCCUGAGGUAGAAGUGCGAAAUCCUCUACCUCGGUCGUUUGGGGAGGCGGAGCUGAGGUCGCUUUCUUGAUUAUCAUGUGACGGGUUCUGGAUUUAAUGGGGGGAAAAGUGUGGAGUAGGCCAAGGAUCCGAACUGGCGAAUUCCCUGAUCUUCGCGCCUCUCUCCACUCUCCGGCCACCGGCGCAGCCAGGAUAUAUUUCCCAUUUUUCGACGCUGCAACAGCCUAUUUAAACUGUUUAAAUGAGAAUGUCCUUGGCUCAGAGAGUACUACUCACCUGGCUUUUCACAUUACUCUUCUUGAUCAUGUUGGUGUUGAAACUGGAUGAGAAGGCACCUUGGAACUGGUUCCUCAUAUUUAUUCCAGUCUGGAUAUUUGAUACUAUUCUUCUGGUCAUGCUGAUUGUGAAAAUGGCUGGGCGAUGUAAGUCCGGCUUUGACCCUCGACAUGGAUCACACAAUAUUAAAAAAAAAACCUGGUACCUCAUUGCAAUGUUACUUAAAUUAGCCUUCUGCCUUGCACUCUGUGCUAAACUGGAACAGUUUACUACCAUGAAUCUGUCCUAUGUCUUCACUCCUUUGUGGACCUUACUAGCUGGGGCUAUAAUAGAGCUUGGCUAUAAUGUCUUUUUUGUGAGAGACUGACUUCUAAGGACAUCAUCUUAUUUUAUUGCUGUUGAACAAGCUGUCAUUAAAGCAUUCUGAAUCUUUGCAAGCUUGAAGAAUACCAGAAAACUAAGAAAAAUACCAAAUGUAUUUUAUACUGCUUCCAUAAAAUAGUAUUGGUGAAUCAUGGACUUCUAGUCAACCCAAAGCUUAAUUAUUCAAUAUUUGAGUUAUUAAUAUCUUUAUUAUCCCUAUUUAAAUAAAGCUUGUUUUGGACCUUAUAUUUCCACUUGACUUUUAAAUAAUCUUUUGUAAGGAUGGGUCAAUAUUUAAAGUAAAUAAGAACCUUUUAACCUACAUAUUUGGGUAGAAGUUUAAUGUGUCAUGGCCCCAUUACAACCAAUUAAAUGGUCAUUUGUGCUUCUAAAUAAUUACGGAUGAAGAAAAACUAGUUACUGAAAUAAUGAGGGAGUGCUACUUCAUGUUUACAUUCAGAAAGAAUCAGUUUGACAGUUUUUUCUAAGUUUUUUACCACUGCCUUUUGUUUGGAAGUAAAUUGGGCGGGGGGAGCAUAUUAAAACAGUGCAGAAUUUUGCUGGGCAGGAGGAUUUUGUAGUGCAGUUAAAACUGUAUACAUGUACAUAUUAUCUAAAUAUAAUCUCUCACAAGGAAAGAAAAGGAAAGCUUACAUGCAAGCAGCUAGUCCAGGAGUCAGCAAAAUAUUUCUGUAAAGGGCUUUGGAGUAAAUAUUUUAAGCUUUCUGUUGCAACUACUCAGGUCUUGUGGUGAGAAAGCAGCAAUAGACCAUGACUAUGUUCCAAUAAAUCUUUAUUUUGGACAAUGAAAUAUAAAUUUCAUAUAUCUACAUAUGACAAAACAUUUUGAUUUUUGUUUCAACCAUUUAAAACUCAUUGCUGCCUCACAGUCCAUACCCCAAAA